GUGUGUGAGACCGUGAGGCGGAAGAACAUUAUAUAUCAUGGAAUGGUUUCUGAACCAUUUCAGCUAUUUUCUCGGGGAAUGCAGCAGUUGAUAAAGCAAUUCUAGGAUGACGACUAUUAUCAAGAAUCAGAUCGUAAAACAACUGGCUAGGUUCACGAAGAACUUGUCUCCAAGUAAAAUCAGCCUAAAGUUCCUCAAAGGCGAGGGAGAGCUUCGAAAUUUGGAAUUGAACGAAAAAUUUCUUACAGACUUGUUGGAGCUGCCCCCGUUCAUACGACUAACCCGGGCAGUAUGCAACAAAAUAUCUGCCAAGAUACACUGGACAAGAUUGAAAACUGAUCCAAUUCGAUUGUUCUUAGAUUGUGUAGAGGUUGAUAUGGAAAUGAUUGAAGUUUCAGAUGAUUUUAAUUUAAAACAAACUUCUUCAGUCACUGCCAAUCAAGUUGCCAGAGAAAAACCAUCUGAAUAUGGAUUCGCUGAAAAAGUUGUUGACGGCAUGCAUGUCACGAUCAACUCGGUCGUGAUGGCAUUCAAAACCCCGACAUUCCGCGCGACAUUUCAGAUGUCGCAUCUUUCAGUCCACAGCACCGACCCCAGCUGGGAGAAAUCCAGUUUAAGAAAUACCAGGAUUAAAGAUGAGAAAGGGAAAGAGGUGUUGACCUUUAAGCAAAUCACGUUCGGUACGCUGAGGAUUGACGCAGAUGCUCUCUAUAAGAGCGGCCAGGAAGAGAGUUCAUUAUCGUCGUCUCCGUUGCGUUUGAUCACAAGCGCAGCAAAAUUGAACAUUGUGAUAAAAAAGAAGAUAGAAGAUUGCUCUGUUGUUGCCGCUCGUCUUCACGCUAUUAGUGACGAUAUCUUGUGGGUUCUCACGCAUGUGCAGUUACGGGCAGUUGCCGGAUUUGCCAAGUCUGUAGUUCAGGUCGUAGAGAAAUGUAAGAAAAGUGAACCAGCUCCUAGUGUGGCUUCAGACGAUUCUACGCAGUCCUAUAACUCGCCUAGUGAGAACUGGAACGAACAUAUUUCCCCAACUGACUACUCCAAUCAGACUCCUUCGUCAUUAUUUCAAAAGGAGGAUGUGAAAGAGACUUCAUAUCGAGUAACAACUGGAAAAAUUGACAUUCAUUUAUGCGACGACACACCAAUCGAGAAAUCCUUUAUCGACGAAGGCGGACAAUCGGGAGGCUCUAUGCAAAUUGUGGUUAAUAAACUAUCUUUCGAGCACUAUCCUUACCAUCUGGCUUUCACAUCACGUGUGCAUUGGGCCUCUCAUAACGAGGCAUCGCUGACUCGCGCUCACUGGGUUCAGGAAUUGUUUAAUAGUUUUAAGAAAGUAAUGAAGGAAGACAGCAAGAAAAGCAGAAUGAAGCAGAAUUCUCAGGUUCCCGAGCAAGGCGUUGGAAAUGCAAAGUAUACGCGUCAUGACCCAGGCUUUAAUAGAAAUGUCGUUACUGCUACUGAUGGUAUUUCCAAGAAGCCUCCUCCUAUGUAUUUAUACGAGUGCGCGUUUGUUAUCAGUUGUGAUGAGUUCAUUGUUAUGCCGGUCUCAACCAACGAAAUGACAAGUACAUCAAAAAUACCAUUUCUCUGUUCUGACAAGAAAACGUUGUGUUUACCAAGCGAACUGCCGACGUUACAGUUUGAUUACACGUUAUAUUUUUAUCCUGGUCAGGAGGAUGCCAAAGUUCCACAACCAAAUUUAUUUUGUCAAAUCAACCCACUUCACCUGACAAUGGACAGCGUUACCUGCAUCUGGUUUCAUAGAUUUAUGCAGAGUAUUAGAUCAGGCUUUGCAUGGGCAGAAGAACUCAUCGCAGCCCAAGAAACAGAACCCAGGCACAUUGAUGUUCGGAUUGAAGGACUUAUGCCGAAGAUAACAUUGCCUUGUCCAAGUGAUGCUAGUUCUUUGUACAAACAAUAUCGGCCUCAGGCUCUUCAAAUCCACAUGUCGAGUUUCCGAGUAAGUAACGCUCGAAUCGGUUCGGACUUCAAGCAGUCAGAUCUCGUGAAUACGUUGGAGGUAUUUCUCAAAAGUCAGCUGUACGUUAAUAGUGAUGUUUUCCCCAAUGAUGCCAGUGAUGUGAAGCCUCUAUCACAAACAGCUUGGCUGAAUGAUUUUAGCCUACUCUCCGGAAUUCUCAAUAACGAGAAUAUCUGUGGGGAUGAAGUGUCAGGGAACAAUUGGUCAGUUGUGUGGAUGUUGAAUGCUCGCCAGUGCUGGUGUGAUUUUAUUGGAAUUGAGGAGUCAAAUCGCCGACCGAGGCCUUUUAUCGAACCAUUUCCUCUAAUAUUGUGCAUGUGCUAUCCCAUUGCUCGAAGCAGUCAACAGCCAAAGCCGCUGUCUCUUCCAGUUGGAAACACGUUGUCAGAGUAUUCUCAGAAUUCGUCAAUGAACGCGUUACGUCGAUCACCGUCAGAUCCUUACUGCAAACAGUCGAAGCCAUACCGUAAAUCAUCGUCGACCAAAUCAACUCCAUUAUCGUCGCCAGGUUUUGCCAAGGUUCAUAAAUCACGAUCAGCCACCUCGGUUAACAUUCCCUUGUUACCUUCAGAUAUCCGCGAUAAUACAAUGAUCGGAAUAUCGCCGAACGUUAGCGAGAGUGGAUCCGAAGAAUCAACGAGCAGUUUCACCGAGGAUAGUAUUACGUCAGGAAGUGUUCAGUCGAUAUCUUCCAAUUCUUUCCAGAGUAAUCUUAACGGAAAAAUCAAUACAGAAAAUGUUAGCAGUAUCAAGCCAAGAGAGAAUGAUGGAAUAACGACGGGAGAUUCGCGUGGAGUUUCAGCCUACAGAACUAACCCAUUCGUCAGUAGUACAAGUGGAAUUGAGUCUGAUGGAAGCGGUGAUAUACGACACGACAAAAACUCUCCGAGGCCUACUGAAAAUGAACAACCGGAUAAUUCAGAGUGCGCCUUGAGUAUUCUGUUAAAUGUUCCAGAGACUCUGGCCAUCUCGCUUGAUCACUAUCAGUUUGUAUUUCUAAUGAGAUUACAAGAAAGUUUUGUGACCCUACGAGACGUCUUGUUCGCGGAUCUGGCCAAAUUCGAUGAUCAACGGCGAAAGCUGCAGGAUAAUACCGGUGACUCCUGUGCGCCUGACGAUCCUGGUAUUUUGCUCUCCCUCGUUAGUAAGGGUGCCGAAGUUGUGUUGCUAGUCCCAGCGCCGAAUGUUGACCAGUCACAAUGCCAAUCAGAACACUGUGCCGAGCCACAUGGCCUUGAUCCAUCGCACAACGGCUAUGAGCAAUCGGAAACGAUCCAAGCUGAAAUUAAACUUAAAGAUUAUGAGUAUUCCCCGAGAGAUAACGAGAAGUUACUCGAGGCAGACGAUAGCAACGAACAUCUCGGUAAGACAGAAGAUGGAACUGCGGACGUGCGAACCAAUAGUGCGGUUCACGAACAGAGUGAAAGCGAAAAUAGCAGCGUGAAUGCAUCAACCUUUGGCAGUGAGUAUUCACUAUUGACAGCGGGUACAAGUAGCGAACGGUCAUACGAAUGCCGCGAUGUUUCCACCAUUACCAUAACGGGAACGUCUUUGGAAUGUUCUAUUGCAAUGAAAAAUGACGAUUUUGCAUUAAAGCUACUUGCAUGUGGCUGUGAUAUCAACGAAAGCUACCAUGAAAAUCUGGAAGGGUAUCUGAAUUCAAAGUUGAAAUGCCCCAAAAGCCCCCGCCUGCCUUCUAAAGGUUACGGGGAAUUGAAGUUGCGUUAUGCCUUGGGUUCCACUGUUGAUCAAACAAUGACAGGCGCUGUUGAGAAUGGCGUAGCGCAUUUGACGUUGAGUGAUGUUGUAGUACCUUUGCUCAUGAGCAAUGUUGAUGGUUUAUUGGAAUGUGUACAGGAUGAAGUGGAAGUUCCCCAACCAUUUAUGCCAGCAAUAAUCGAUCUAAAAAAUCUUCGCUUGGAUAUAACCAGCGAUACUCCACCCCGUUUGCUCUCCUUGCCUCAAUCGUUGCCGUUAAAUGUCCACAUUAAGCAAGGAACAAUAAUCAGAACUGGUGAAGGAGAAAUACAGGUGAAUGUACCUAGGGGACCUUUGGCGUCAGCGACAAAGCAAAACCUUUAUCGUACACCGGACGGUCAGCUUGUGACGUCUGAUAAAAUGGUUGAAAGGCUGCGUGAAGAAUGCAACGACAUGACUUCGAGAGUUUCGGCGAUCCGAUACGAAAAUGUGCGUUUGUUAAAUGAGCUUCAGGUCUCCAACGAACUCAAAGAAGGUCUAAAAAGCGAGCGAGAUAAACUGCUGGUUACGGUGGAAAGAUUGACAGACGAACUGGUUAAGUCUAACCGCGAUUAUGACAGGAUGCAGGAUAUCGUGCGUCAUCUACAAAGUUCAGGCCAUUCAUGAUUAGCUGACUAAAUGUGAUGUCGAAAAAUUAGGCAUUGGUCGGAAUUAUCGGCUUGGACGUUUCACCGAAUUGCACGUAACAUGACGUACCAUGCUUAGUUUGGCCCUCGCCUGAAUUGUAAAACUGCAAUCGAUGGUUCGUUGGAAUCUUGAGUCUGUGUAUCGAACGGAGGCGUUAUUUUUUUAACGUCAUCCGCUUUCUUAAGUAUUUAAGGAGUGAUGGAAAACUUGAAUGUACUUGAAUUUAAAAAGAAAUUCCAAGGCCUUGAAAGCCUUUUAAUUUAACAAACACAUUCGUCCAGACGUACGAUUUCAGAACUCGAUUUGAAUCGAUGCAUUCCUCUCAAAGAGAUUACCAGCGCCCCGAUCUGAUUUCAAUAUGUGUAAUUAUAUUUUUCAUUAAUUUUAUCCUUGAAUGUUUUGCCUUUUACAAUUAAAUGUUCUUCUGGCUGGUCUUUCCAACCUUUUACUUGAUACGUCAUGUUACUUGCAGUGUAUUAUGGUUGACGCAUAGUACUUGAUAUGUUUCAACCCGAUGUUUUAUUUUGUUGGAGAUGAAAAUAACAUCCGCUCAAAAAUUUUCCCCCAGAUGUUGGAAGUACAUUAACUAAGUUAGAUUAAUUCACGGACUCUUUUAAAUUGUGAAAAGGAGAUACUUUUUCCACGUUUUGUGGUUCUAAUUGACAUGGUUAGUAAGAUGAGCAUGAGGGGGAUAUAAUUCUGUAAAUUUUUAUUUACUAAAUUUAAAUUAAUAAAUAAAUUUUCAAGAA